AUGUCAGCAACAGAAGAAGAAAAUGUUUUAGUAUUUGAUACUACAAUGAAAAAGAAGAAGAAAUCAAAGGAUUCAGCAGCACAAACUGAAGAAGAGAAAAAGAAAUUAAAAUCUAAAACUUUAGCAAUGAUGAGUCAACAAGAGGAUGAACAAGAACAAGAAGAUGAAAAAAAAGAAAAGAGAAAGAAAAAGAAAGCAGCAUUAUUAGCAUCAACUGAAGGUGAAAACAGUGAAGCAAUUGAAAAACUUGAAAAUGAAGGUGCACAUGACGAAGAUAUAGAAGCAGAGUUUAUGGGUGAAAAGAAAAAGAAGAAGAAAUCAAGCAAAUCCUCAACUACCACCACCACCUCCACCACCACCACCACCACUGAACCAACUGAAACCGAACCAACCGAAGAUGGUGAAUCAAAAGAAAAAACCAUUACAACAAGUGAUGGUGAUACCUUUGUUCAAGGUACUAUCCCAUGGGCUGGUACUGAUCGUGAUUACAAAUAUUCUGAACUCACCUAUAGAAUCUAUCAUCUCCUCCAAGCUAAUAAUCCAGAUUUAAUCUCUGACCAAAAACGUACAAUGAAACCACCACAAGUUAUGCGUGAAGGUACUAAAAAAACAAUUUGGGCUAAUUUUGCUGAAAUUUGUGGAACUCUUAAUCGUAAAGUUGAACAUGUAUAUAAUUACGUUUUUGCAGAGUUAGGUACUAAUGGUUCAAUUGAUGGUAAUCAACGUCUUGUUAUUAGAGGUAGAUUUAAGACUUCACAAAUUGAAAUUGUUAUUCGUCAUUAUAUUUCAGAAUACGUAGCUUGCCGUAAUUGUAAGAGUCCAAACACUGUCUUGGAAAGAAACAACCGUUUAUACUUUUUAUGUUGUAAUGCUUGUAACUCUAAAAGAUCCGUCGCUGUCAUUAAGAAAGGUUUGGAAGGUGCCGGUAAAAAAGCUCCAAAAGAACAAUCAUAA